CUCCUAACCCACCCCCUAAAACUCAACCUCUUCUCUAUUAGUCCACUUCCAAUCUAUCAUUAUUCCCUUUUAAAUUGUUCAAACCAUAUUCUCCUUCUCCUUCUCCCUCCUCAAUUAGUCCCCACACACACACAAUCUCUCUCUCUCUCUCACACACACACACCCACACUCCCAUUUCUUAAUCAAUCAUUAAUCUUUCUUCUGUCUAACCAAAGCCAAAGAAACCCGUAAAAAGAAAAUAAUUACUACUACCAUUUUGUUCCAACAACAACAACCAGUCCCUCCAAGAAACCAGAAGAUUCCCAUAAAUAUAGCGCUAAAGUUCCAUACCCUCAUCACCACCAACACUAUAGCCACCCUUUUUCUUUUUCUUAUCUCCAUUUCCACUAUCAACAACUAACCCUUCAUUACAACGGAAAAUACAACAACAAAAAAAUAAAGGAAGGAUUUUUUACAAACCCUAACCCUAAGCUUUUUCCAAGAAAAUUUGGUGAUUUCCUUUGAAAACAAGAAAUACCCAAAGUGGGUAUUGCUCAAAUCUCCAAGAUUUGGCAAAAGUGUCAUUGUAAUGUCCCAAAUGAAGCACAUUGACAAUAUCCCAUCAACCCCUGGAAAGUUCAAGAUGGAAAAGUCCCCUUACAAUAGGCUAAGGGUGCAUUUUUCCUUUGCCAAGCUUACAUUUUGGUCAUUUGUAUUCUUGGGUUUGAUCUUUGUGUUCUUCUAUAGAUCACCAUCUUCUUCAUCCCCUGUUUCUUCAGAUCUCUCUAGAAGAUCUCUUAGAACCAGCUCCUACGGUGGUCCAGCUUGGGAAAAAAGGAUUAAGGCUUCAGCUAAAGUAAGGUCACGUAAUGGUAUUUCUGUAUUGGUUACUGGUGCUGCUGGUUUUGUAGGAACUCAUGUCUCUGUUGCCCUUAAACGCCGAGGAGAUGGCGUUUUGGGGCUGGAUAAUUUCAAUGAUUACUAUGAUCCCUCGCUCAAGAGAGCGCGCCAAGCGCUCUUAGAACGAACAGGGGUGUACAUUGUUGAGGGUGACAUCAAUGAUGCCACCCUUUUGAAGAAACUGUUUGAUAUUGUUCCAUUUACUCAUGUAAUGCAUUUGGCUGCACAAGCAGGUGUACGUUAUGCCAUGGAAAAUCCUGGCUCAUAUGUUCAUAGUAAUAUUGCUGGUCUUGUUAAUGUACUUGAAAUUUGUAAAAGUGUCAAUCCUCAACCUGCUAUUGUAUGGGCAUCAUCUAGUUCUGUAUAUGGAUUGAAUACUAAGGUACCCUUUUCGGAGAGGGAUAGGACAGAUCAGCCUGCUAGUCUUUACGCUGCUACUAAAAAGGCUGGUGAAGAAAUUGCUCAUACAUAUAAUCAUAUCUAUGGGCUUUCAUUAACUGGAUUGAGGUUUUUCACCGUUUACGGACCAUGGGGUAGGCCAGACAUGGCUUACUUCUUUUUCACAAGGGAUAUCUUGAAGGGAAAAUCGAUUCCCAUAUUCGAGGCAGCUAACCAUGGCACAGUAGCUAGGGAUUUUACCUACGUAGAUGAUAUAGUGAAGGGUUGUUUGGCAGCACUGGAUACUGCCGAGAAGAGCACUGGAAGUGGUGGGAAGAAGAAAGGCCCUGCUCAAUUGCGGGUGUUUAAUUUGGGGAACACAUCCCCUGUCCCGGUUUCUGAUCUUGUCAGCAUUUUGGAGAGGUUGCUAAAGGUGAAGGCUAAGAGAUUGGUGAUGAAGUUGCCAAGGAAUGGGGAUGUGCAGUUUACUCAUGCGAAUAUAAGUUCGGCCCAGAGGGAGCUUGGAUAUAAGCCUAGUACGGAUCUGCAGACGGGAUUGAAGAAAUUUGUUCGAUGGUACCUCAAUUACUAUGGUAAUGGAAAGAAGAGUGCCCAGUGAUACAUUCUUUCGAUUGUGCGUUUGAUCAAGAAGCUGUCACAGUAACAUAAAUUUGAGCACCAUAGUGAAAGCUCUCCCCAGAUUUCAUUCUUCUCUGAGCAUUUACAAAUUGGAACUCUAUUGGAGUCUGUAGCGACAGCUUUCCUUAUCCCCUUUCUACUGAUUUUCAGACAUUUGGAAUUGCAUUUUUGGCAUCUGUAGCAAUGAAAAGUUUGUGCAUCUU